AUGGAAUGUUUUUAUAGAAGUAAACCAUUUGAUGAAAAUGGAAAACCUAGCAGAGGAUACAGGCAAAGAAUGUUCAGAGAAUGGAGGAAUAGAGGAGGGUUUGAGUCGACUGAGCAACGCAUAAGUGACCAGGCCAGAGCCAUCAGAAAGAACGGUUGGCUUUCAGAACUUGUGUUUGAAGUGAUAAAAAGAAGUGUUAUAGAGGAAGAGGAAAGAGAAGCUAAUAACGAUGUGGAGGAUGGUAGAGAGCAGGUCGAUAACGAAAACUUAAUGGAUGUCGAUGUUGAGGAAAAUAUGGUAAAUGAUGUAAAUGUGGAGGAAAACGAUCAUCAAAAUGGAGGUUUUGUUACCAAAGAUAGAAUGUUAGAGAAUAUCUUGUCUGAAAGUCAAAGGGAAAUCGUUGAGAACCUAAGAGAAAUUCAUGUUGAAAAGAAAACAGCAGAAGGAAUAUCAUUUAAAAAGGUUGAUAAGAACAAACUGAAGAGAGAAAUGAAUAGAGUAAAUCAAGUGAUUCGUCAUAUUGAAACCAAAAACAUCACAGAAACUAAUGAAUUAAUAAAGGCAGCAACUGUAUGGGUUGGAGAACAGCUAGGGUUAAAGAAGACGGAAUUUAGAGCUAAGAAAGCUCCUCGGUGGAAACGCCGCAUUGAAGAUGAUAUUAAAAGAAUAAGGAAAGAUGUAAACAUAUUAGCGAGAGAGUUAAGAGGCGAGCUCAAGCACAAGAAAAGUGAAAAAUUGCAGAGACUGGAAGAGAAAUAUCGGGGGAAUAAGAAAGGCAUUAAAACUGUCGUUGAAGAAUUGAAACAAAGGAUGAUUGCCAGAAGUGCAAAAAUUAAAGGAUACGAUCAAAGGAUUAACCAGUUCAGACAAAAUCGAAUAUUUAGUGUUGACCAGAAAAAAAAUCUACAAGGAACUGAAUGGAGGUGA